UUUUUUGUAUCGGAGGAAUCAACAGCCGCCAUCUUGACGCGGCUCGGAAUCGGGAUUUCGGGGGGAGCAUUAAUUUUAAAAACCGAUCGGAGCUGCCCAGACCGGUCCGAAACGGCUUUUUUCGUGCAGAAAAUCGAAGCGUUAGCUCUUCCGAUGAGAAUUAAUGCAAACAUGUGAGGAUUAAAUGGGUUUUAUCGUCUCGAGAGCCCACUGUAUAUUUGAUUUCCCUUUUAGAGAGCGCCGCUUCUCGCCGUAUCUCCGUGCCCAGACGCUGUAUUUACCGGGAGACAGCGACCGGAAAAAUAAUCCGCCUCAUAGAAAAUAUUUCUCGAAUUUUGGUCUUUUACUUAAGCCAAAAACAGAUUUUAUGGCGGCUCGUUUGGACUGCGAAAAAAAUGAUUCUGUACACACGUGAAACCGGCGAACUGCGGAGAAAGGGAUUUGCGUACGCUUUGUGUAAUAUUUUAUGAUUGUUUUUUAUUUAUUUUUCUCCAAGUGAAAUAAUUUCUGGACGUCGUUAUUGAGGAUAAUUAUGUGGGUGUUGGGUGUUGGAUUAUCAUGGGGUGAUCUUCGACGGCGGAGCGUGGCGCUGUUGCCCUUCGUUUGAAAUCCUUUCCUCCAGGCAGCAUUUCGCCAGUCAAGAAAAAAAAAAAAAACCUGUGAAAUUGCUCCUUUUUUUUUUUUUUUUUUAUAGCGUAACACUAGAAGAAGUUACGGCUUAUUACGAAGUAGGGGACGACGCGUUGGACUGAUCCUGUUGUAUUUUUUUUUUUAUUAUUAUUAUCAUUUUUUUUUUAUUAUUAUUAUUAUUGAACCAUCAGUUCGUAAUACUCGCCGACCAGGAUGGCUGACAAUCUGCUGGAAGUCGGACCCACCGCUGCAAAGCGACCCAAGCUCAAUUCACCCCUCUCAGGAUCAGACGGUCCAGAUCUCGUGUCGCUGUUUGACCUGGAAAACGACCUCCCAGAUGAGCUGAUCCGCAAUGGAGACUUGAUAGGAAUGUCUUCUAAUGGGGGACCAAGUGGAGGAGGUCCUGGUCUCAACUCGAUCGUUCCCGAUGCAGCUGCCAAACACAAACAGCUGUCCGAGCUCCUGCGGCCGGGAAGCUCCUCCAUCUUGGGAGGCGGACUCAACUCUGGCAGCCCUCAACAGGGAGGCAUGAUGGUGAACCCGUUGGGCCCCGUGCUGGGCAAAAGCCAGCUCGCCUCCCCCAAUCACCAGUCUCCCCAGGGCCAGAAAGGAGGCGGCUCUGCGGGACAAGGUAAUGGAACCACGGGCAUGGGCUUCAACCAGGCCAUGUUGAACAGUGCCCAGGGCCACGGAGUCAUGGGCCAGACUGGACAGGUGAUGAACGGGGCUAUGGGACCAGCAGGCCGGGGGAGACCUGGGCCUGGCAUGCAGUAUCAGGGCCAAGGAAUGCAAGGGACGCAAGUGGGUGCUGGACCUGGAGUAGGAGGCAGCGUUCUGGCGGAGACGCUCACCCAAGGAGGGCCACAGUUGAGUGCACACAACGCGCUGAAUGCUCAGCAAGCUGGAAACCUGAAUAAGAUGGGGAUGUCAGGAGCGCCAUUUGGCCAGCAGUAUGGUCAGGCUGGGGUGCAGCAGAUGGGGGCAGCGGGGGUCAACGCCCAACAACUCCAGAACAAGACGGCCCUUUCCAACAACCUUCCCCAGUUCCCCGCUGAGCUGAAGGGAGCUGGGAGUGUGCCAAACAUGAUGCAGCAGCAGGUAGCGUCGAUGGGCAUGGUGCCCGGGGCCGGUGGGGUGUCAGCGGGCCCGACGGCCGACCCCGAGAAGAGAAAACUCAUUCAGCAGCAGCUGGUCCUGCUGCUCCAUGCACACAAGUGCCAGCGGCGGGAGCAGGCCAACGGGGAAGUGAGGACCUGCACUCUGCCCCACUGCCGCACCAUGAAGAACGUACUCAACCACAUGACCCACUGCCAGGCUGGCAAGUCCUGCCAGGUGGCUCACUGUGCAUCCUCCAGACAGAUCAUCUCCCACUGGAAGAACUGCACGCGGCACGAUUGUCCGGUGUGCCUGCCUUUGAAGAACGCGAGCGAUAAGCGUAAUCAGCAGCCUAUGCUGAGUUCCCCUGGCGCCGGCCUUCAGAACGCCAUCAACACGGUCGGACCCGGGCAGCCCAGCGCCACAGCCAUCAACAGCGCGGCCACGCACAUCGACCCCAGCUCCAUGCAGAGGGCGUACGCGGCCCUGGGCCUGCCGUACGGGAACCAGUCCCCCGCUCAGGUCCAGGGGCAGGGUCCGGCUCAGCAAAACCCCCAGGGACCCCAGCACCAGCAGCUGCGAAACAUGAACCCACUAGGCACUAAUCAGAUGAACCAGAUGGCGGGAGGCAUGGGUACGGCCUCCUCAGACCAGACUGGCAUGCACUCCGACUCUUCUCUACCCUCCUCACUCAACAAUCAGCUGAUGCCAGACGGCUCAGUGGUAGGAGGCAUGGGAAACCUGCCCGCCGCCACCCCCCUCUCUGCUGCGGGGGUGAGGAAAGCCUGGCAUGAACAUGUCACUCAGGACCUGCGCACCCACCUGGUGCACAAACUAGUACAAGCCAUAUUCCCCACCCCAGACCCCGCAGCACUGAAGGACCGGCGAAUGGAGAACCUGGUGUCGUACGCGCGCAAGGUUGAGGGGGACAUGUACGAGUCGGCCAACAGCAGGGACGAGUAUUAUCACUUCCUGGCAGAAAAGAUUUACAAGAUCCAGAAGGAGCUGGAGGAGAAGAGGCGCUCUCGGCUCCAGAAACAGCCGGGCAUGGUGGGGCCAGCGGGGCCCCAGCAGCCCGGCAUGGCUCAGCCCAACGCCAUGGGCCCGGGACAAGCUGUCCGACCUCCCAAUGGACCCGCGCCGAUGUCCAACAUGCCAAAUCAGAUGAUGAACCGUAUGCAGGUGCCCCAAGGAAUAAAUCAGUUUAACCCAAUGGCGAUGCAGAACGCGCAGAUGUCUCAGGCACCCAUGGGAGCGAGGGCGUCCUCCCCCAUGAACCAUCCGCAGCAGAUGAGCAUGGGCUCCGUGCCAACGAUGGGCAUGUCCCCGUCGAGGAUGCCUCCCACUCAAGGAAUGAUGGGUAGUCAUGCCAAUAACAUGGGAUCUCAGCCGACCAACCAAGGCCAGUUCCUGCCGCAGGGCCAGUUUCCCGGAGCCGCAGGUGGAGCGAUGAAUGUGAAUAUGGGUUUGGGACAGGGCAUGUCACAGGCUCCCGUGUCACAGCAGCCGCAAAACUCUAACCUGUCUCUGAACGCUCUGGGCCCGCUCGGCGCCCAGCUGCCCUGUGGCCCCGCCGCCCAGCCCACGCUGGGUCCCACGCCUCCACCCAACGCGUCCGCCGGCCUGCAGCCUCAACAGCAGCAGCAGCAGCAGCAGCAGCACCACCAUGCCCCCACGCAGGCCCAGAUACCGCCGCGGCCCUCCACCCCCGCCUCCACGGGCGGGCCCUCCUCCACCCCGACCCACAUACCCAGCGGCCUCCCCCGCCCCCCGUCGGCCAUCGGCACGCCCCCCGACCCCUCCCAGCCGCUCACACCGAUGCAGCCCCAGCCCAAGACCCCCAUGCAGCAGCCCACCUCGGUGAAGGCGCAGCACCCCAGCACACCGUUGUCCCAGGCAGCUGCCAGCAUAGACAACAGAGUGCCUACUCCAGCUUCGGUGGCCGAGCUCAACUCCCAACAGGCUCCGUCCGACGUGAGCGGCACCGAAACCAAACCCGAAGUAAAGGACGAAGACGACGACAGCAACUCUGGGAAGAAGCAAAUCGAUGUUAAAAUGGAGGACGACGAAACCAAACCCCCGCCGGUGAAAAAGGAGGAGCCGGACGCAGCAGAACCAAAGCAGGAACCAAUGGAAACGGAGGAGAAGAAGCCAGAGGUGAAGGCAGAACCCAAAGAAGAGGAGGAGAGCGGGGCCAACAGCACAUCGGCCGCCUCCGCCGCUCAGAACCGUAAAAAAAUUUUUAAGCCAGAGGAGCUGAGACAAGCUCUAAUGCCGACACUUGAGGCCCUCUACAGGCAAGACCCAGAGUCGCUGCCCUUCAGACAACCCGUAGACCCCAUGUUACUGGGGAUCCCCGACUACUUCGACAUCGUGAAGAACCCCAUCGACUUGUCCACCAUCAAGCGCAAGCUGGACACGGGUCAGUACCAGGAGCCCUGGCAGUACGUGGACGACGUGUGGCUCAUGUUCAACAACGCCUGGCUGUACAACCGCAAGACGUCCCGCGUCUACAAGUACUGCACCAAGCUGGCGGAGGUGUUCGAGGCGGAGAUCGACCCCGUCAUGCAGGGUCUGGGCUACUGCUGCGGGAGGAAGUUUGAGUUUUCACCCCAGACACUGUGUUGCUAUGGCAAACAGUUGUGUACCAUCUCCAGGGAUGGCACCUACUACAGCUACCAGAACAGUUCACCCAAAUAUGGCCUUAUUGCCGACAGGUAUCACUUCUGUGAAAAGUGCUUCAACGAGAUCCAGGGGAACAGUGUGACCCUGGGGGAUGACCCGGCACAGCCGCAGACCAUGAUAUCGAAAGAUCAGUUUGAGAAGAAGAAAAACGACAUGCUGGACCCUGAACCGUUCGUUGAAUGUAAAGACUGCGGACGAAAGAUGCAUCAGAUUUGCGUUCUGCACUACGAUGUCAUUUGGCCGUCGGGCUUUAUCUGCGACAACUGUUUGAAGAAGUCCGGCAAAACAAGAAAGGAAAACAAGUUUUCAGCCAAAAGGUUGCAGACGACAAGGUUGGGGACGUACAUUGAGGACAGAGUGAAUAAGUACUUGAAAAGGCAGAACCACCCAGAGGCGGGGGAGGUGUUUGUGCGAGUGGUGGCCAGCUCUGACAAAACUGUGGAGGUUAAGCCUGGCAUGAAGUCAAGGUUUGUGGACCCGGGCGAAAUGAUGGAGAGCUUCCCUUACAGAACCAAAGCACUUUUUGCAUUCGAGGAAAUCGACGGGGUGGACGUCUGUUUCUUCGGCAUGCACGUCCAGGAGUACGGCUCAGAGUGCCCCUUUCCAAACACCAGACGGGUUUACAUAUCGUACCUAGACAGUAUUCACUUCUUCAAGCCGCGUGGGCUAAGGACUGCAGUUUACCACGAGAUCCUCAUAGGCUACCUGGAGUAUGUGAAGAAACUUGGGUAUGUGAUGGGUCACAUAUGGGCCUGCCCACCCAGCGAAGGAGACGACUACAUUUUCCACUGCCACCCUCCCGACCAGAAAAUCCCCAAACCUAAGAGACUCCAGGAGUGGUACAGAAAGAUGCUGGACAAGGCGUUUGCCGAGAGGAUCCUGCAUGAUUACAAGGACAUUUUCAAGCAGGCGACAGAAGACAGGCUCACCAGCGCCAAUGAGCUGCCCUACUUUGAGGGCGACUUCUGGCCUAAUGUACUGGAGGAGAGCAUCAAGGAGCUGGAGCAAGAGGAGGAGGAACGGAAGAAGGAGGAGAACACGGCCUCCUCCGAGAUGACCGAGGGAGCCCAGGCUGACAGCAAGAAUGCCAAAAAGAAGAACAACAAGAAAACCAACAAAAACAAGAGCAGCAUCAGCCGAGCGAGCAAGAAGAAGCCUGGGAUGCCAAACGUAGCCAACGACCUGUCCCAGAAGCUCUACGCCACCAUGGAGAAACACAAAGAGGUAUUUUUCGUCAUCCACCUCCACGCCGGCCCGGUCAUUAACACGUUGCCUCCCAUCAUGGACCCCGACCCCCUGCUGACCUGCGACCUGAUGGACGGACGCGACGCCUUCCUGACGCUGGCCCGGGACAAGCACUGGGAGUUCAGCUCGCUGAGGAGGUGCAAGUGGAGCACGAUGUGCAUGUUGGUGGAGCUGCACAACCAGGGCCAGGACCGCUUCGUGUACACCUGCAACGAGUGCAAGCACCACGUGGAGACUCGCUGGCACUGCACGGUUUGCGAGGACUACGACCUAUGCAUUAACUGCUACAACACUAAGGGCCACGAGCACCAGAUGGUGAAGUGGGGUCUGGGUCUAGACGACGACAGCAACAGUCAGGGCGGAGAGGCCUCCAAGAGCCCCCAGGAGAGCCGACGUCUCAGCAUCCAGCGCUGCAUCCAGUCCCUGGUCCACGCCUGCCAGUGCCGCAACGCCAACUGCUCUCUGCCCUCGUGCCAGAAGAUGAAGAGGGUGGUCCAGCACACCAAGGGCUGCAAGCGCAAGACCAACGGCGGCUGUCCCGUGUGCAAGCAGCUCAUCGCUUUGUGCUGCUACCACGCCAAGCACUGUCAGGAGAACAAGUGCCCCGUUCCCUUCUGCCUCAACAUCAAGCACAAACUUCGGCAGCAGCAGCUGCAGCACAGGCUCCAGCAGGCGCAGAUGAUGCGACGCAGGAUGGCCACCAUGGCCGGGAGGGGCAUGCCCAUGCCGUCGCCUCCUACCUCAGCUGCCCCGGACACCCCGAAUUCAGUGCCGCAGCCUCACACGCCCCAGACUCCCCAGCCUAUUCCCAACCAGCCUCCUCCUCCACAGCAGCAGCAGCAGCAGCAGCAGCAACAGCAGCAGCAGCAGCAGCCGCCGCCACCAAACCCCACCAACAUACCCCAAGGUUUCCCCAACAACGGCCGCAGCAGUCAGCCCCCGACGCCGGUGCCGCAAGGCAAACCGGGGCCGCAGUCGUCCCCGAUCCAUCAGCAGCAGUCGCCCAUGCCCAACAUCCCGCACCAACCGCAGCCUCAGCCUCCGCAGCAGCAGCAGCAGCAGCAGCCGCCGCCGAUGGCCCUGAAAGUUGCCAGACAGAUCGAGAUGGCAGCCAAGGCGAAGCAGCAGCAGCAGCAGCAGCAACAACAACAGCAGCAGCAGCAGCAGCAACAGAAUUACGCCAUGAACGGGAUGCCCAUGAACCACCCGCGCAUGAUGGGCCCCAUGCAGGGCCAGAUGCAGAUGAUGCAGGGGCCGCGCGGCCCCCAGGUGAUGCAGGCCAUGCAGCAGAACCAGUGGGGUCCGGGGAUGCAGAAUCCGAUGCAGAACCCCCCGGGCCACCCGCCGCAGGGUCCGCCUCAACAGGGCCCCAUGGCUCCCCAGCAGGCUCAGGGAAACCCGAUGCCCCCGCAGGGCCCGCUCGUGCAGAGGCCCAUGAUGCCCCAGCCGCAGGGUCUCCAAAUGCCCGGGGUCAUGCCUCCACAGGGGCCCCCGCAGCAGGGCAUGGCGCCGCAGCAGCAAAACAUGCCCCGGAUGCCCGGCAACAUCGCUCCGAGCGCCCUGCAAGAGUUGCUGCGCACCCUCAAGUCACCCAGCUCCCCGCAGCAGCAGCAGCAGGUCCUGAGCAUCCUCAAGUCCAACCCCCACCUCAUGGCGGCUUUCAUCAAGCAGAGGACGGCCAAGUACCAGGCCAACCAGCCGCAGCAGCCGCAGCAGACCCCUCAGGCCAUGUUGGGGCCGCAGGCGGUGAUGCAGCAGGCCAUGGCGUCGAUGGCGAACCAGGUGCAGAGGCCGGGGAUGGCUCCUCAGCAGCAGGCUCCUCAGCAGGCGGGGCCCCAGGUCAUGGUGCCCAUGGGUCCCCAAGGCCAGAUGAUGAACCCGGCGCAGAACGGUAACCCCCAGUUGUACCGCAGACAGCAGCUGCUCCGGAUCCAGCAGAUGCAGCAGCAGCAGCAACAACAGCAGCAGCAGCAGCAACAGCAGCAGCAGCAGCAGGGAGGUUUGCCUCAAGGCCCCGGUCAGUUCCCUCAACAGCAGCCGGGGCUGCCGAGCUACUCCCAGAUUCGUAUGCAGCAGCAAAUGGCUAUGCAAGGCGGCGGAGGGCAAAUGGGGCACCUGCCUCCCGCGUCUCAAAUGGGCCAAGCCGGCAUGGGCAUGGACGGGCCCCAGGCCCUGCUUCAGCAGCGCAUGCUUCAGCAGCAGCAGCAGCAGCAGCAGCAGCAGCAGAUGAUGAAGCAGCAGAUGGGUUCUCCGGCGCAGGCCAACUCGAUGAGCCCGCAACCUCACAUGCUCCAAGGGCAGCCCCAGGGAGGAGGCCAUUUACCCGGCCAGACGAUGGCGAACGCCCUGGGAAACCAAGUACGCUCCCCGGCCCCGGUGCAGUCGCCCCGGCCGCCUUCGCAGCAGGCCCCUCAUUCCAGCCCCUCCCCGCGGAUACAGCCGCAGCCGUCGCCCCAGCACGGCGCCCUCCACUCCAGCUCUCCCCACCCGGGCCUCGGAGGUCCCCUGUCGGGCCCCAUGGAGCAAGGACACAUGGGGACGCCGGAGCACAGUGCCAUGCUCCCGCAACUUAGCACACCAAACCGAGGGUUGAGCAGCGACAUGAGUUCAGCAUGCGACACGACGGGAGACACGCUAGAGAAAUUCGUUGAAGGAUUGUAGCAUUUUCAGACAGAAGAACGGCCUUGUUCGGCUUUCAGCUGAAACACUUUUCUUUUUUUUUUUUUUUUUUUUUUUUUGUACUUGCUGAUGUAAAAAGCUAAAGGAAAUGCAAACAAAUGAGUCUUACAAGGCCUACGGACUGUGAACUUCACCUGAAACCAAGGACUACUUUUUCUUAUAACACACAGAGUGAUUUAAUAAUUGCUGUUUAAAAGAAGACAACAAAAAAAAACACAGAAUAUAUUUUUGGUUCGGAUCAGCCUCGCAAGAAUUUGCUCUGGUCUUUGUGUUGUUUUAAUUUGUUUUUCAUUCGUUAUGCUCUGGUAUUGACUUUUUUUUCUUUUUUUUUUAAACUUCUCAAAACAAAAAUAUGUCAUUUUAUUAUUUUUUUAUUUUGUACCUUUGCAAAUUAAUAUAGUAUUUGUGUUGAGAAGACUGUAAAAUUAUUUGUCUGGGAACUUUUUGCCAGGAUUCACCUCUUGCUCUGUUUCUCUGUUCUUGGCUAAUUUAUUCUAAUAUGCCAUUUUUCAAAAGGACUGCCUUUAGGAAAGCCUUAAUUUCUUUCCUGUUUGCAGAGUCUAAAAGGAGAUUAUCUUAUUUGUAUAGAUCUAGGAACUAUUGCACACACCAGAACACAACAUACAGGAGUAAGAGAAACCUACAUUGAAGCUUGUUAAUGUUCACAGGUGCAGGAAUGUUCUUUUUACUGGCCCGGGUCCAGUGUUCGUCUUGGAGAUGUUCGAAAUUCCUUUGUCUCUCCUUCAGUCUAAAGAAAUUCUCAUUAAGUACUGAACCUCUUUUGCCUGUGGUGGGAAUUUAACUCGUUUGACUGCUGGUUUGUGUUCAGAGAGAGUUUUGUGCAUCAUUUUCUCUCGCAUUAAACUUGAAUUGAUGAUGAACUAUUCUCUAAUGUAAAUCAUGCAGCUAGACAGUACUGUAAAUAUGCAGAAAAUAUGAAUGAAAUCACUGUACAAACUGGUUCAAAUGGUUCAUUUCGUACUUAUAUACCAUAUUGUAAAAUAAACCUGUGUGCCACAGA